ACGCCCCUCUCCAGCAUCAGUGCCCAACUACGCCUUGCCGACCCAAACGCCCAGGGCAGAGAACUCGCCUCACCGAUCCCGCACGCCACCGCCGCCGCCGCCGCAUCGCCACCGGCACGGUAGCCAUGUCCAACCCCGGCUCGUUCCCCACCUCCUCCUCCGCCCACCAGGACCACGUGCACACCCCGCUCUGCCGCUCCUGCGGCGCGCCCACCACGGCUCCGACCCCGGGCCCCUGGUCGGGGACCUCCGACUCCCCGCCGCCGGCGUACCGUCCGAUCCGCCUCCCGGCCAUCAACGCGCCCACCAACACCGCCGCCAUCGUCCUCUCCCCAGUCCCGCAGCCCCUACCCGUGCCCCCGGCCGCGCCGCCCCACGCCUUCCAGACCCCCACCAAGCGGAUCGCCUCCCCCGACGACAUCGCCCGCUUCCACGCUUCCCUCCACGGCCGCCACUUUCUCGGCUUCGUGGCCGCGCUAUCCGCCUCCGUCCACGGCCGUAAGCUCUCGGACCCGCUCCCGGCUCCGCCGUCCGCCGCAGUCUCCGCGCUCCUCGACCUCAUCUCCGCUCUCACGGCACUCGUCGCGUCCACCCCGCCGCUCCCGCACAACUCCCGCUACGGGAACCCGUCCUUUCGCCUCUGGCACGAGAAGCUCACCGACUCCGCCAGCGACCUGAUCGCGCGGAUCACGUCCACCGCCGCGUCCCCCGCGGACCUCGCCGGCGCCGAGGUCGAGCUCGCGCCGUACCUCCUCGACUCUUUCGGCAACGCCACCCGCAUCGACUACGGGACGGGGCACGAGACCAACUUCGCCGCCUUCCUCUACUGCCUCGCCAGGCUCGGGCUCAUCACCGAGCCCGACUACGCUGCCAUCGUGCUGCGCGUCUUCGCAGCCUACCUCAACCUCAUGCGUACGCUGCAGGACACGUACCAGCUGGAGCCUGCGGGCUCCCAUGGCGUGUGGGGCCUUGAUGAUUUCCACUUCCUGCCCUUCAUAUUUGGGGCUGCGCAGCUUAUCGAUCACAAGUACAUGAAGCCCAAGUCGAUUCACAACCCGGAUAUCUUGGAGAACUUCUCCAAGGAGUACAUGUACCUGGCAUGUGUCGCGUAUGUGAAGAAGAUAAAGAAGGGGCCCUUCGCAGAGCAUUCACCAAUGUUGGAUGAUAUCAGUGGCGUGCCCAAUUGGAAGAAGGUGAAUAGCGGGCUGCUCAAGAUGUACAAGGCCGAGGUGCUUGAGAAAGUGCCGAUCAUGCAGCAUUUCCUCUUUGGUUCGCUAAUCAAAUGGGAGGACUAAUUCCAUCUAAAGAAGCUCACCAUGAUCUGUGAGAACUCCUGUGUGAUGCUAGGACUGGUUGUACAGUGAUGCUGCUCAGAGUGUGUAGAAGAAAGACCUAUAGAGGGUCAUUUUCCGUCUAGGAGGAAUGAGCUUUCUGUAUUGUUUGCAGCGUGCCAUCACACUGCUAUUAUGGCGCUUCACAUGCUGGGAACUUGUCCCUUCCUGCUCAGCUUGCAUUACUUGUCGCGGCCGAAUAAACACCUUGUAUUGAGGCUUUUGAUGUAGUCAUGUAGAUCAGUUGUCUAGAGCAGUCGAGCAUUUUUUUUUCUUUUUUUGGUAUAAGAAUCAGUAUUGCUUGUAGCCUGAAGGUGCUGCCGCUUGUGGUGGGUUUGCACUGUGAAUUACCUUGAAUGCUGCUGUUGUCUUCAAA